CCACAUUAUUGUUCAAGAUGGUGACUGUCAACAUGAAGAAGUCAAUUUUGAUUAUCUCUGCUUUUGUUUUCGCUUUUGUAAGUUGUUCUCCGCGUGAUUGGGAGAAAUUACUCUCUGAACGGAAGCAGAAUGCUGAUGGAAAACAUUGGGCUCUGGUGGUAGCAGGAUCGAACGGAUGGUAUAAUUACAGACACCAGGCGGAUGCUUGCCAUGCCUACCAGAUCCUGCAUCAGAAUGGCAUCCCAGAUGAGAGGAUUGUUGUCAUGAUGUUUGAUGAUAUUGCAAACAAUAGAGAAAAUCCCACCCCAGGUGUUAUGAUUAACCGUCCAAAUGGAACAGAUGUCUACCAUGGUGUCCCAAAAGAUUACACUGGAAAGGAUGUGACACCAGAGAACUUUUUGAGUGUGCUGACAGGGAAUGCAUCUGCUGUGCAGGGUAUUGGAAGUGGGAAAGUAAUUGCAAGUGGUCCCAAUGAUCAUGUGUUUGUCUAUUUCACCGACCAUGGUGCCCCUCAUCUAAUUGCUUUCCCAGCCUCUGAGUUGCAUUCGAAAGACCUGUUGACUGCCUUGAAUCAGAUGCACACCAAUAACCAGUUUAAACAGCUGGUGUUCUACCUGGAGGCCUGUGAAUCGGGAUCAAUGUUUAAACAACUCCGCGAUAACAUAAACGUCUUUGCUACAACUGCUGCCAAUGGUAAGGAGUCGUCCUACGCCUGCUACUUUGACAAGAAAAGGAAGACGUACCUCGGUGAUGUUUACAGUGUGAAGUGGAUGGAGGACUCUGAUGUGGAGAACUUGAAGACCGAGACACUUGAGAGGCAGUUUGAAAUUGUAAGGAAAGAGGUGAACACCAGCCACUGUGAGCAGUUUGGUGACAUGUCGAUCGCAAAGGAGCCAGUCUCCUUCUUCCAGGGCGGGAUGAACAUGGUCGAGAGGAAAGCCAGAGCUCCGUUGCCACCAGUGGAGUUGGAUGCUGUCCCACAAGAAGAUGUGCCAAUUGCCAUUUUGACCCGUAGUUAUUUCCUGGCUGAAACUAAGGAGGAAAAGGAACGCAUUAGGAUUAAACUUCAUAAGGAACUUGAGCUGCGGCAUAGGAUUGAUAGGCAGGUGAAGGUGAUAGCCCAACGUCUUGGACGACCUGAAGCUCUUGAGGAGAAGAGAGAUCUGAGUACAGGCAACCAUGAAUGUUACAAACAGGCCGUCACAACAUUCUCCAAACAGUGCCAUGUCCUUGGGCAGGUUGACUAUGCCCUAAGACACAUGUAUACUCUGGUGAACCUGUGUGAAUAUGGUAUCGAUGCUGAUGUGAUUGCUGAAACUGUCCGACGUGUCUGCUAUCUGCGAUAGUUCAACAAGAUAAAAACCUUUUUGAUUCAAAAUUUAUUAGUGACUUAAGUGUUUGCCGAUAUUGCCAAAUUUGUAUCAGACGGGGCUUGAGAAAAUCGUAUGUCAUUUUUGCACCGGCAUCAGCUGUACAUGUAAAUAGCCCUGUGAUAUCAGAAGAUCGGGUGACAAAGAUGACAGAGGUGCUAAUUAUCAUGAAGAGAUUUUCAAAUAUUUUGUAAAAUCCUUACAUGUAUGUAAUUGUGCUGAAUACAACUGCAUGUAGCACAUGCAACUGCAAUAUACAAGAUGUAUGCUAUAAGUCAAGCUUGUUGACAUGAACUAUACAUCACCUGACGAUUGAACUACGGACAGGACUCGGGAGUGAUGCGUAUUGCUUUACGUGUACAUGUAAUUUAGUGCAGCAUUCCUAAGGUGUAAUCCACAGAUACUGGCUGAUUAACUUGUGUUGUAAUUGGUUGACCGUGAUGUUAAGAUUACUUUAAAAAAUUCGAUUUCUUCUUUGGUCACAAAUCGUCCAAGUCGGGACUUAAGAUUAGUUUAUACAAAUCAGUUUGGAUGAAUAACUUACAGCUGGACAUUUCCUUUGUUGUGCCAUAAAUAUACAUGUGUCAAUCAUACAAUAGGCAUUGUACUUAUAAUUGAACAUUUCUCUGGUUAAAACUUAACAUGUAGCUCUAUUGAUAAGUUUGUACAAUACAUUUUGCAAAAUUCUG